GUUUCUUUGCAGAAAAGUUUCUGCCCUAUGUAGAAACACCCUCCUCUCUUCCUCUCUGCUCAUUCUGCUGUUGGCGUUCGCGUUGACUGGCCAGAGUCCGCGAGCUUAAACUUGUCUUCUAUUACCUAGUCUGGGCUCUCUCUCAUCCCUCCAUCUCAUCCCUCCAUCUUUCUCCACCCAUCUGUUCAGCAGCUCUCUGGAUACAACCACAACCACAAGCCUCAUCCCCAUUGGCUAGCGUCAUCCCAAUUCCUGACUGCUUGGUUGUCUGCUGAACCCUGAUUGGCCAUGGCUUACCACAGCUUCCUGCUCGAGCCAAUCAGCUGCCACGCCUGGAACAAGGACCGGACUCAGAUGGCUCUCUGUCCCAACAACCAUGAGGUCCACAUCUACCAGAAGGAGGGAACCCCAACCAAGUGGAGCAAGAUCCACGAGCUGAAGGAGCACAACGGCCAGGUCACUGGCAUCGACUGGGCUCCUGACAGUAACCGCAUCGUGACGUGCGGGGCGGACAGGAACGCCUACGUGUGGUCCCUGAAGGAGGGUGUGUGGAAGCCCAUGGUCAUCCUCAGGAUCAACAGGGCCGCGCGCUGCGUCCGCUGGUCGCCCCGGGAGAACAAGUUUGCUGUGGGCAGCGGCUCCAGACUUAUCUCAGUCUGCUACUUUGAACAAGAGAACGACUGGUGGGUGUGCAAACACAUCAAGAAGCCGAUUCGCUCGACCAUCCUCAGUCUGGACUGGCAUCACAAUGUGCUGCUGGCCGCUGGAUCCAGUGACUUCAAAUGCAGGGUGUUCUCAGCCUACAUCAAGGAGGUGGAGGAGAAGCCAGGCCCCACCCCCUGGGGCAGCAAGAUGCCGUUCGGGGAGGUUCUGUUUGAGUCCGGGGGCUCAGUGGAAGGGGGCGGGGGGGGCCGUGGGGGGUGAUGGGUGCACGGUGUGUGUUUCUCCCACAGUGGCAACAGACUGGCCUGGACCUCCCAUGACUCUACUGUAGCUGUCGCCGAGGGAGGCAAGACAAGCACGGUUACCAGUCUGACCUCUGAGACUCUUCCUCUGCUGUGUGUCACCUUUAUCACCGAGAACAGCCUGGUAGCUGCUGGCCAUGACUGCUACCCGGUGCUGUUUGUGUACAAGGCGGGGGGUGCGGGGGGGUGGUGGGAGUUUGGGGGGCGUCUGGAUGUCCCCAAGCAGGUGUCCCAGAAGGGCGUCACCGCCAGGGAGCGCUUCCAGAACCUGGACCGCCGUGCCUCCUCCCAGAGCGAGCAGAUCCUGGACACCCUGCACCUGAACAGCAUCAGCCAAAUUUCUGUGCUGGAGGGAGACGGCAGCAAGUGCAGCAAGUUCUGUACCACUGGGAUGGAUGGAGGCAUGGCUAUCUGGGAUGUGAAGAGUCUGGAGUCGACCAUGAAGGACCUGAAGAUCGUCUGACCUCUGACCUCACAUUCCCUGAUAUGAAGACAAGCCUGUCUCCCCUCUCUUUCUGUCCUAGUCAAACAGACAGCUUGCUUUUUGAUUUAGUAUUGCUUUGCUUUGGACCAAAGACACCAACAGUGUCAUGUUUAUGACCAUCUCAUCCUCUCCCUCCCUCCCUCCCUCCCUCUCUCCCUCUCUCUCUCUCUCUCUACCUCUCUCUCUCUCUCUCUCUCUCUCUCUCUACCUCUCUCUCUGUCUCUCUCCCUCUUUCUCUCUCUCUCCCUCCCUCUCUCUCUCUCUCCCUCUCUCUCUCUCCCUCUCUCUCUCUCCCUCUUUCUCUCUCUCUCUCUCCCUCCCUCCUCUCUCUCUCUCUCUCUCUCUCUCUCUCUCUCUCUCUCCUCUCUCUCUGUGUGAUUCUAUAACCAGAGCGAAAGCUUCCCUACAGUGUUUCAGGUAUUUUAUAAACUGUUUCACGGUACUUAGGAAGGUUAAGAGCGAGUGAGAUCUAAGGAAGAGAUGUCAUUUUGUAGCCUGCAGCCGGUGGCGGUGGCCUUCAGGACUACAAAGUGAUGUCAUGGCCUGGGUACCAAACCCUGGGCCAGGUAUUACAUGUUAGCCAAUGAGAAAGCAGGUAUUUUAUGUUAGCCAAUGAGAAAGCAGGUAUUUUAUGUUAGCCAAUGAGAGCAGCCGCUGUACCUGGUCAAUGCUUAUGCUGGUCAUAAUUUGCAUUAAAAUAAAGCUUUACUAUUAACAGUA